CUGGACAUGAGAAGACUGAGCAGGCCGAACCCUCAACCUCCCAGACCACACCUAAAGAAGAGGAGAAACCAGACCAGGCCAGCGGGCGCAGGGGGUCCGACGGCUCAGACAGCGGCGAGGAGGACGAGAGUGAAGAAGAGAGCGAAGAUGAGGAAGACGAGGAUGACGAAGACGAAGAGGACGAUGAGGAAAAUAAAGAGGAAGAAGAGGAAGAGGGUGAAGAGAACGAGGAACCCCUGUCGUUAGAAUGGCCAGACACCAGACGGAAACAGGCCACAUAUCUUUUCCUCCUACCGAUAGUGUUCCCUCUGUGGCUCACUGUGCCCGACGUACGCAACCCGGCUUCCAGAAAAUACUUCGCCAUGACGUUUAUUGGUUCCAUCACGUGGAUCGCUGUGUUCUCCUAUCUAAUGGUCUGGUGGGCACAUCAGGUGGGUGAGACCAUAGGCAUCUCAGAGGAGAUCAUGGGCCUGACCAUCCUGGCAGCGGGCACCUCCAUCCCUGACCUCAUCACUAGUGUCAUCGUGGCCCGGAAAGGACUGGGAGACAUGGCUGUGUCCAGCUCAGUGGGAUCCAACAUCUUCGAUAUCACUAUGGGUCUGCCUGUCCCAUGGUUGAUCUUCUCGGCGAUGCAAGGCGGCGUACCGGUGGCGGUGAACUCCAAUGGUCUGUUCUGUGCCAUCGUGCUCCUCUUCGUCAUGCUCCUCUUCGUCAUCGUCAGCAUCGCGUGUCGGUGGAAGAUGAGCCGCGUUCUGGGCCUCACCAUGUUCAUGCUUUACUUUGUGUUCCUGGUGCUCAGGAUGCUGGAAGACCGUAUUAUUAUCUGCCCUGUCUCCAUCUGA